UGCUCAUGCCGCCGCUCCCCGUGUCGCCGGUUUUGCUUUUGCUUGUUUAGUUUUUUUUAGUUCUCGAAAGUGCCGCAGCACGCCUUGGCGCCACAACUAACCCCCACUGCUGCAGCCGCCAAGCCGCUGUUCUGCUUGGUGCGUGCGUGCGUUCGCAUGAUCUUGUGGCACUCGAAGGCUAUCGCCGCUAUCGCUUGUCACCAGUAGUCUGCGCAGUCAGGAGCGUUAGAUAACGACAGCAGCAGCACCAUUCCCGCAAUGGUGUACUGCUGCGUUCCUUUUUGCAAGUCGAGCGAUCGGCGGUCAACUGGGAUAUCGUUUCACGAGUUCCCCGUCACCCAGAUUCGACAGGAGUGGUUGAAGAAGAUCUCUCGACAGGCUGAAGGACCAGGAAAACAGCCAUGGGAGCCGAGCGACCGCAGCAAGGUAUGCAGCUUGCAUUUCAAGCCAGAAGAUUACAGAGAAGGCCUGAAGCUGCGCAAACUAAAACCAGAUGCCAUACCUUCAAUAUUCCCGAGCUACCCAGGGUAUAUGCAGGAACCAUCCCGAAAAGAGCGACAGCCUGUGAAAAGGUGUGCUGUGCCAGGGCUGUCACCAGACAAGCCUCAUGCAGAAGCAAAGAAAAAUAGGCCAGACAUACCCUCUCCUUAUAGGUCCCCGUCUGAGAAGAUUGAUGAGCAGGAAGACAAUUGUGUGGCUGGCAGCAGUACCGCACAUCAGGAGGAUGAAAUGCUGACAGAACUCUGCAGUGAACCCUCCUCUCUGCCUUUAAUUUUGCCUGCACCUGAAUCUUCUUUCUGCUUGCCUAAAACAUAUCAGAUGCCCAAACAUGGCAAAACUGUCCAGUGCCAGACAAGCUUUCACUGUCCCGAAUGA